AUGCAAAGUAUGGGUCAUGACCUCCGAAGAGGUCUUAAUAAUAUCAAUCCGCUUGGAGGGAACAACUAUAAAAACAUCAACAAAUGGUUAGCAGAAAUGAAAAAUAUAGACUCAACUCUCAAGACCUUGGACAAAGAAAUAUCGGCUGAUGCAAAGUUGAUCGCUACAUGGGGUUCUACAGAGGGCGAUGACCUCGCAGAUGUUUGUCAGCGCAUGUCGCAACUAAUGGAGGAAGUAGGAUUGAUCCAACAGGCAUUUUCACUACGACAUACAGCAUAUCGAAAGGCUAUUAAAAGCAUCAAAACCCAAGAGAUGACUUUGGAGGAGAAUCGGAAAAAGAAACACGACCUUACUGCGCAAAUCACAAAGCACCAAAAGUCAAGCAAAGAAAACCCCAUUAAAUUGAUGGAGCUUCAGAGCGCACUCGAACGAGUGUCAGCGGAAUUGCUGAAUCAGGAACUGGAGCUCAUGCAGUUCAAACGUAUAACAAUCAAGGAUGCUUUUGAUUCAAAAUUCGACGCUAUGCUCGAAUAUGCUGAAAAGAUGGCUCUUAUUGCAGGCUAUGGACGAGCCAUCACCUUUGUUAUUGACACAGAUUCACAGGCUGCAGACAGAAUGAGGAUUUAUAAUGGCUCCGAAUAUACUGCUGCCGCUGUAAGUCAAGUAAAAGCUGCGGUCACUAGUUGGCAACCACAACCUGUCAGUACACCUCCAGUUCGUACACAGAUCGCCGAACCUUCGCAAGACGAGCUUGCACUUUCUGCUGCUGUUGCUGCAUGCAACACAACAACCCCACCUUUGAGUCACACCUAUGCUGCAAAUGACGGUUAUUCGAGCGACCCCAGUGGGGGACAGAAUCACACUGCUGAGGAUCUCCAGGCGAGUCCGCCUUCUUCUGAUCACGGCUCUUAUCCUGUUCCGCCAAAAAGCACCUAUACGCAACAAGCGAAUCAGGUUCAGGAACAACAACGUUUACUUGAGUUGGAACAACAACGACUUUAUCAACAAAACCUUGCAUCUUAUUCUCCAGAACGCUCACCUACACAGAAUCAUUACCAAGUUGCAGCUGCCAGUGGCGGUGUUUCCAACAAUAGCGGCAUUGUAAGCGGCAGCCACACCCCUAAUCAACAUCGGCGAAGUGAGACACAGGACUUGUAUCCCCCUCCGACCCUUCCAGUUUACGAAAAUGGUUCAUCCAAUACCUCAACAGCAUAUGGCACAUACAACCAGUAUCAAGGCGCUCCAGCACGGAAUUAUCGUCUAGGAUUCGUAGAUCCACGCGAACGCAGCCAAAGGGAAAGCGAAUAUUACCAUGGCAACAAUCACCCAUCUUUACCACCACUGCACUUUUCACAAAGUCCGAUCCUCCAUGAAAAAUAG